CCCACCCCAUCCCCAAAUAGGAGCAGCACCCAGAACUGAGAGCCAGGACUCCUGGGUUCUCUUAUCGGCACUUCGAGCCCCUCCCCCUCCCCAUCUUAGAGAUGUUCAAAUUUGUAUACUUUUCUUCAAGUUCCUUUGAAGGAAGACUUUGCCCAGCUAUGUUUUUUGUAAGAAGAAUGUUUGAAAGAGAUUGCCUUUGGAAUAUUUUAGUGGAUAAGCCAAAUGACCAAUCUUCACGAUGGUCUUCAGAGAGCAAUUACCCUCCCCAGUACCUGAUUCUCAAGCUUGAAAGGCCUGCUAUAGUCCAGAGUAUCACAUUUGGAAAAUAUGAGAAGACGCAUGUCUGUAAUUUAAAGAAGUUUAAAGUCUUUGGUGGAAUGAACGAAGAAAAUAUGACAGAGUUAUUAUCCAGUGGCUUAAAGAAUGAUUAUAACAAAGAAACAUUCACCUUGAAGCAUAAAAUUGAUGAACAGAUGUUCCCAUGUCGAUUCAUUAAAAUAGUUCCUCUCUUGUCCUGGGGACCCAGCUUUAACUUUAGCAUCUGGUAUGUUGAACUUAAUGGCAUUGAUGAUCCCGAUGUUGUGCAACCCUGUCUCAACUGGUAUAGCAAGUACCGUGAACAGGAGGCCAUUCGCCUUUGUCUAAAACACUUCCGUCAGCACAACUACACUGAAGCUUUUGAAUCACUACAGAAAAAAACCAAGAUUGCACUGGAACAUCCCAUGUUAACUGAUCUGCAUGACAAACUGGUGUUGAAGGGUGAUUUUGAUGCUUGCGAAGAGUUGAUUGAAAAAGCUGUAAAUGAUGGUUUGUUCAAUCAGUAUAUCAGUCAACAGGAAUAUAAGCCACGGUGGAGUCAGAUUAUCCCUAAAAGCACCAAAGGUGAUGGAGAAGAUAGCAGACCAGGAAUGAGAGGUGGACAUCAAAUGGUUAUUGAUGUUCAGACAGAGACUGUUUAUUUGUUUGGUGGCUGGGAUGGAACACAAGAUCUGGCUGACUUCUGGGCAUACAGCGUGAAGGAGAACCAGUGGACUUGUAUAUCUAGAGACACUGAGAAAGAGAAUGGACCUAGUGCCAGAUCUUGUCAUAAAAUGUGUAUUGACAUUCAGCGAAGACAGAUCUACACACUGGGACGUUACUUGGAUUCCUCUGUGAGAAAUAGCAAGUCUCUGAAAAGUGACUUCUACCGCUAUGACAUCGACACAAAUACAUGGAUGUUACUAAGUGAGGACACUGCUGCUGAUGGAGGACCUAAGUUGGUGUUUGAUCAUCAGAUGUGUAUGGAUUCUGAAAAACACAUGAUCUAUACUUUUGGUGGAAGAAUUUUGACUUGUAAUGGCAGUGUAGAUGACAGUAGAGCCAGUGAACCUCAAUUCAGUGGUUUAUUUGCUUUUAACUGCCAAUGUCAAACAUGGAAACUUCUUCGAGAGGAUUCCUGUAAUGCUGGACCUGAGGACAUCCAGUCCCGAAUAGGACACUGCAUGCUUUUCCACUCAAAAAAUCGUUGCUUGUAUGUAUUUGGUGGUCAGCGAUCAAAAACCUACUUGAAUGAUUUCUUCAGUUAUGAUGUAGACAGUGACCAUGUGGACAUCAUAUCAGAUGGCACCAAGAAAGACUCUGGGAUGGUCCCAAUGACAGGUUUUACACAAAGAGCAACCAUUGAUCCAGAACUGAAUGAAAUACACGUUCUGUCUGGACUCAGCAAAGACAAAGAGAAAAGAGAAGAGAAUGUCAGGAACUCCUUCUGGAUUUAUGACAUUGUGAGAAAUAGUUGGUCUUGUGUCUAUAAAAAUGAUCAAGCUGCGAAGGAUAAUCCAAGUAAAAGUCUUCAGGAGGAGGAACCAUGCCCAAGAUUCGCCCACCAACUUGUGUAUGAUGAAUUACACAAGGUUCAUUAUUUGUUUGGUGGAAAUCCUGGCAAAUCCUGUUCUCCAAAGAUGAGAUUAGAUGACUUCUGGUCACUGAAACUCUGCCGUCCUUCAAAGGAAUACUUGUUGAGGCAUUGUAAAUAUCUCAUAAGGAAACACAGGUUUGAAGAAAAAGCCCAGACUGAUCCUCUUAGUGCUCUGAAAUAUUUGCAGAAUGACCUUUAUGUAACUGUGGAUCAUUCAGACCCAGAGGAAACAAAAGAGUUUCAGCUCCUAGCUUCAGCUUUGUUCAAGUCUGGCUCAGAUUUCACAGCACUAGGCUUUUCGGAUGUGGAUCACACCUACGCUCAAAGAACUCAGCUCUUUGAUAUCUUAGUAAAUUUCUUUCCAGACAGCAUGACCCCUCCCAAAGGAAACCUGGUCGACCUCAUCACACUGUAAAUGAAGAGUCAUUUGACACACACCUGUGAAGAAAAGAAGUCUGCGUUCAGUAUUUAGGAUUUUGACUGUGUUGACUGACAGGUUGCAGUGAUAGAGGACUACAUCAGAUCUUUGAAGGGAUCUCACUGUUUUAAGUUUUGACCCUCUUCCUUCAUACCCUCAGCUCACCACGUUUUCCUCACCCUUUUCCUAAAUUAGGCUAAUAAAGUGGAAUUGGUGUUCUUUCCCAGUUAAUUUUUUUUGCCUUUUGACUUUUAAGAGUUAUUGAAUGUAAAAAAAAAAAUUCAGGUAGUUUUCCCUUUUUAUCUUGGGGAGGGAAUGGUUAGGGUAUAUGGAAUAGGCACCUCUUAAAUACUUUUUUUUUCUGCAACAGAGAGACUGUUUUGUGUGUUUUAAUGGGUUGUUUUUGGUCCUCAUUCCCUUUUGCUCCUCCACCCUAUUCCUCACAGCUACUUGUAAGCAGCUAUGUCACUUGCUUUACCUCCUGACAUUGUUUGUGGCAAUUAUGUAAUUCUGCAGGUUACUUGGUAUAUGUUAAGGUAAUGUGUGUGUGUGUGUGUGUGUGUGUGUUGACUUGAGUCUUAUAAUUACAUUGUAUAACAUGAGAAAGAACAGAGGGCUCAGAUUCAUACUCUUCUCAACUAGAAAGUGAAACUUUGACCUAGGCAUCUGGCUGAGUUGUGUACAGUAUUAAGAUACAAGUGUAUUUUGUAGUAUAUGCUGUUGAAAACAUCUGGUUUCUGCUCAUGUAAGCCUUAAACUGGGAAAAUGGAGGUCACGUUUGAACCAGUUAGCCACUUGAAAAAUAGCCAGCAGAGGGGAGGGAGCUGCUCGUGGGGUCCAAGGGCCUCUAUGGGACGUCUUUAGAAUAGGCCUUGCUCUCUCUCCUGUGGAGCACACAGGGCAGCAUCUUCUACCUGCCCCUGUAUGCCCUGCUGCUCCACAGCUUUUAAUUUGGACUGGCAGAGCCACACACCCUUUAACUCCUUGUUCCUGUUUCUAUGUGUUUGGUUUGUGGAAAGUAGUUUAAAAAAGUAAAAAGGGCACUUUUUGUCAUUGUCCAGUGGAGUGCAGUUUACGGUCAUUUCCUUAAGUACCCAGACGCAUCUUUUAAAUAGGAGAAAAGAAAUGGUGCAGAAAUAACUUCAUUUAAUAAAUGCAAAUACAAAUAUGACGUGUAGGUUUUUCUACUUUAAUUUUUUUCAUGCAGUUUUUCACAUGUGGUACUGUGAGUCAGUGGAGUAUAAUGUCAGAAGCCUGCACUUGGCCUUCUGCUCAUCGUUGGGUAGUAUGUAUGUAGCAUAUGACUUACUAUGCAUGAUUAAAACAGAUUCAACAUAAAAUAAAAGAUAUAGCUCUUCAGUGUGAGAGUAACCUACAGAAAUUAAGUGUGUCUCUGGGUAGCAGAAUUGGACCUCAAUAAAGGAAAGAAGAAACUGACCUGUGCUUUCAAAAGGUCUCAUAUAGGUGUAAGACUUCAAGGUCCUUCUUUAAUCUUUCCUUAAUACAUGGUUUUACUUCUCUUGAAAACUAAUAGCAGUACAUUUUCUCUCACUGAUAGAAUUGUAUUUUUUAAGCUUUUUUUUUAACUUUCUGAAUAUCCCAAAGCAAUCAGAGAUUUAUUAAGCAGUUAGAUAUACAUCUUAGUUUGUGGAAAAAUUAGUUUAGAUUUUAUUAACUUAAUAAUAACAUAGAUUUUCUGCCAAAUGAUUGUGUAGUUCAUCACAAAUUGUGUCUGCAAAACCAACUGGCUUUCCAGUUGAGUAAAUGUAAUUUACUUACACAUUUGAGAAGUUUAAUAAAAAUUGUUUGUACUCUGUGGCAUUUAGAAACAUAAAACUUGGGCUGUGCCACCAAUCAGUUAAUUUCAUUAUAUCCCAUUGAGUCUUGUUUCAGAUGGAGAAAAGGACCUAAACUUCAUGGUUGCUUUAUUUCUACUUGGGUGCUUAAUCUGUAGAGUUCCUAAUGGGAAUUGACUUGUUUCACUUGAUGUAAUGUUGAAUCAUGGCACUUUAGAUGUAUAACCAAAUGAAAUUCUGCUACCCUCCAUUGCUUAUAUUCAUAUUGCUGUGGUCCUUUAUCAUAGAAGUCAUCAACUCCUUAUGUGGGUCCUGUUGUUGGGGAAACUGAGUCCCCAUCCUUAGUGACCUUUCUUCUUUUUGCAGCUUUUUCCUUAGCACUUUUAUGGAGGGAAAGUACAUUUUUCUUAGCUUCAUCUUUUACUGAACUAUAUUUGGGUUUUAUUCCUUUUCUUUUCUUAUGUAAUUUUUACAUGAUUUUCUUCCAGUGAAGUGGUGGAAUCAAAGUAAAUUGUAAAAUAUGAGACUGUCAGGGAAAGGGACAUUGCUUAGAUGUCAUCAAAAGAUGAUAUUUUUUGUAUCUGUGCUUAGGGGUUCAAUAAUGCCUAAUAAUCUCAGGAAGAUGUGUAGGUCUUCAUUAUUGCAUGAAGCCUGAUUUGAAACCAGGUAUACCUGCCUAAGGGAAUAUGUGUCUAUUUCCCCAAAAGAAUGCUUGUCAUGUUGUAAUUCAAAAAGGGAAGCCAGUGUGUUAUGUGACAUAAUGUUCAGAGUGCCUAGCUUGUGUAAAUUACAACUUGGAAAAUCUGAUUCCUUAGCUUAGUGCUUCCAAUAUUGGAAAGACCUGCUUUUUAUCCCAUUUAAGGGAAAAGCAUUAGUUAGCAACACUUUUGCUGUAUUCCCAAAAUUGGUGAUCACUUUCUUCCCCAAAUUAAUGUAUAUACCUUUCAGCUCAGUCCCAUUUCUUGUUGCUAUGAAAUAGGUUACUUUCUUCCAGGAACGAAUUGGAUCUCUGAAACUAUUUACAGCUCCUAUUCUUCACAAAAAUUGGUUUUAUUUGCAGACAUGCAUCCUAGUCACACUUGCAGCUUUUUAUAGUGGAGUGACAGAGACCUCAUGUGGCUUUUCUUUGGCUGAGCAAAGGAAUUCAGGCUAAUGUACCUACCUCUUCUUGUUAAACGUGACCAUCAGUAUUAACAUAGGUAUAAACAAGUCAUUUUCUUAAGCUGGCUUAGCUUCUAAGCAUAAGGAAACUAUGUCUCAUUAGUAAAGGUGGAUAGGAAGCAUUAAUAUAGUGUUGAUUUUAGAGCACAGCAUGGUGAUUUAUUUAAGCCAUUAAGACUGCAUUCUUGAAUGGUUUUCAUGGUUACUAAAUGUGGAAGGGGAAAAGAAUUAUUGUGUAGACAUAAUCAUUCCAGAAAAUUUUUCUGUCUGCUUUAUAAGGGCCACCUCAGGAUAACUUAGCAGAGAAAAUGCCUUUUCAGAGAACAGAAAUUUGAAAGAAAAAAAUUUUCAGAAAUUGAGCUAGAAAUUUUUAGAGAAAUUACAUCCAGCACUUAAUCUUAUCAGAGAACUUAAGUAGUUCUUAGGGAAUGCGUUUCUGGUUUAAGAUUGCUGUAUUAUUCUACCUUGUGAUAGUAGUUACAUAGUGAGUUUAUCCUGUAAUCAUUCUUGUCACCACUUGGGAUCUAUAUGGUAAUUGUAGGUCAUUUAAUUGUAAGUAAUGUGAAGAAUAUUUACAUAAAAGCUGAAUAUUAUAAAAUGAACUUACCUCCUUAGCCAUUUGAACAUUUUUUUCAUUCCAGUUGAGGAAUGGUUGGUUUCUAAUGAUUCUUUUAGAGAAGAGCACAAAAGUACACACCUACAACUUGGAGAGAUGAUAGCAAUGGCUCUUGCUACAACAGUACACCAUUCUUGGCACUUGUUAUCCAUUAAAACUUGCAGUUAACCAUACCAGUCCCCUUUAUUUCCUGAGAUUCACAUCAAGAUUCACCUGUUAGGUUCAGUUAUAUCUUUGCUUGAGUGAAUUCAGCCCCAUCUUUCUCUAGGUUUAAAAUUCCUGGGAAUUUUCACAUUUCCUUCAGCCAGAGUCCUACUUAGUGAUAGAAUGUCAUAAAUAGAGUCUUCAUAACCUGGAGAGGAGAACUUAGCUGUUAAAGAGCAGACUUUCAUAUCCACACUAGUUUGACAGUCUUGUUUCCUUGUGCUUUGGAAAUAAUGGUUUUCUUUAGUAUUAGGCAACCCUCAGUUAUCUAUCUUUUGCUUUAAUAAUUUUGAUUUCCCUCUUUAGAGAGACAAAUAACACCAUUGGAAAUUUCCGAUAUGGUUUUUGAUGAUGACAAAAAAACAUUUUGAAAGGGAGGUCUAUUUGUCUUAGAUCUUUUUUUUCUUGAUUUCCUUAGAUCCAUACAAGCUUGACAGCAUUGCCCAGGAGAGUGGAGCUACCUAAAGAAAAAAAAAUAGAAACAAUUGUUCUGAUGAAGCAAACAUGCUUCUUUUGUUUCCUUUUUAUUCAAACAUAAGGGGAAAAUGUGUUUAAGAUUUAGGAAUGAUCUAAAAGUGAUAUGGGGGGUGAUGGGGCUGGUAAUGGGAGAGUUCCCCGGGACAGGUAAACAUUAGCUUUCAGGACUCUUCUUUUGCUCUAGAUCUUAGUGAUUUGCAUGUUUUAGAUCAGAGGUCAUUGAAACCCAAAUCACAGUGGAGGAUUAUAGUUUCUUCUGUGUUCUUGUUGCUGUGUUUGUAAUGAUGUUUCUUCUAAUCAAACUACCUCUGAGUUUUAGUGUUAGUGGUAUUUUGCCUGCCUUUAAAAUUAGCCAUAAAAGGAAGUAGACUUGAGAUGUGUGAUUUGAGAACGUGUUUCUUUGUUUUUCUGGGAAGUGUUAAAUGUGAGCAACCUCACAAAUUGCUGUGGAUUAGUUAUCAUAUUCAGAGGUUCACUUUCUGUCUUCUUUAAAAAUGUGUACCCUUUUACCAAGAGAAUAGGAGUUUUGAUAGUAGAUGAAAUUUUGGGUGACCACAACCUAUUCUUGGCAAAGUAGAUUUUAAAAUCUUCUGAUAAUAGUCAUUGCCCCUCAAACUGUGUGGCAUAAAGGCAGUAAAUAAAGGGUAGUGCUUCCAAGGGAGAAAUGACAGUGCAUGUUUAUUGUCCUAAGUAAAGCCCUCCAGGACUUGAACCCCAAAUUAAUAAUGAUGUUAAUACAUCCUCCAUAUUGGAGUAUGUAGUUAUUUGUAAGUAAGAUCUCAGUAUUUCCCCUAAUACUGUCUGGCUUGAUCAAGAAAAAAAAAUGCUAAUGUUCAGUUUUUAAAUUUUGCCACACAGCUAUGGCGCUUUUGACAAGAGGUUUUCAUUACUGAGGAUAUAGAUAAACUUUAGAGGACAAAUAAGUUUAUAUAUACACUAGUGACCCUCCCCUCCCCUAUAUGAAUGUUUAAAAUGGUAUCAGAGUCACCAUACGUUGAAUAGUGUCUUGUUUGCCAUUUCAGAGUUUCACUUCCAUUGUGUGUUUGGAUUUGUUCAUCCUCUGGUCUAGGUUUUGGACAAGGAAAGAGUAUAGAAUAAGUCUGUAUAGAGUAAGAAAUUUGAAACACAGCAUAAAGUCUUAAUGCAGAACAAGGAGUCAGGAAAUUCCAUGUUUUAGGUUUAAUCUCUAGACAUUGGAGUGCGAUUUCUCCACAUAGCUACAUUAUUGGUAAUAUCAGUACCCUUCUCUGAGCAGGAUGGCGACUGAAAGUAUAUAUGUCUAGUAGUAAUUGAAAUUAAUGUUGAUUUUAUCUCUUCCUCCAGAACAAAAACUUUUCCUUGUCAAAAACUUGUUUAUUUUUUUGAGUAGUCAUUAAAAAGAUAUUUACCCAGUUUAAUUUGGACUGGAAAACAUUGAUAUAAAUUAUAUAGCAGGAUUGAAGAACUCAGACUUCUAAUCUGUGCUGCAAUGUUAUGGAAAGAGGUGAUUAAAAGGAUUUUUUUUUUUGCCUCCAGAAUGUCAAAUUAAUCCUGUAGUCCUUGGGGAAUGGCAUUUCAUUACUGGUCUGAUGUAUAAAUUUCUUACCUUACACUGAAAUAGCUGUUAGAGAUCUUGAUGGAGAGAUGUGGAUGUGGAUGUGAUGUGGAGUCUUGGUCUGACUUAGGUCAGAGAGCUUCUUCUGCUGAACAGUCAUGUAGCCCUUUGCUGAUAGAAAAUAGGAAUAAAACUUCCCUUGCAAAUGUUGCUGUCCCACAGAACUUGCUUGUCUCUGUAGCCCUGUACUGUGGUGAGCUGUGUACCAUCUGGGUUGCUGGCAUUCAUGGCAGUUGGUCUGGAUCUCUGUGCUGUCUGCCACAUAAAUACUAGCCUGACAAUAUCACCAGUCUUCAGUUUCAUUUGAUGCUUAAUGAAUGCAAAUGUCACCAGUCUUCGGUUCCAUUUGAUGCUUAAUGAAUGCCAAAUUAAUUGGCAACAAAGAAAAAGUGUUCUGAUAUACUAAGCAGGCCUGUGUUUAUGAUUAAGGUGGCUGCUCAGAUAGCCAGUACAAGCCCCCCCCCCCCCAUUUUCGAACAGCUCUCAAAAAAGUAAUUAUUGUGUUUAAUUUUUGGCAUCUGGUUAGCCUUCAUUUUCUAGCUGGAUUAAGGGGUAAGGGGGAGAAUUGUCAUUUCAUGACUACAUAAAACCUAAACUAAAUUUGCUUAGAAUCAAGCUGGUGUCCAUGUUUUAAAAUAAACUAAUCAUACAUAAACUCAGGGUCUUUGUUUAUUUUCUCAUGGAAUAUAUGAAUUCUAGCUUUGACAUCAGGAUCUUAAGUGAUUUUGGUUUUGUUUAACUUUUUCCUUUUAAGGAAAAUUACACCCAUGUCUGAGAUGUUAUUUGAAAGUCAUAGAACAGAGGUUCUUAAACUUUUUUUUUUUGUCAUGGAUCCCUUCUCAGAAUAAUGUUUUUAAAUACAUAAAACACAUAGGAUUACAACAGAAAUUUAUUACAUUGUAAUAGUUAUGAAAGUAUUUCUUUUUAAAAAGUCAUAGACCUCAAUACCCUUGUCCAAGAUUGUUAAGGAAAUUUCCUUCCCAGAUUGUCUCUUUUUUACCUAUUAGAAAACCCAAGAAGGAGCCCUGUCAGUUCUGUGGGAACAUGGACAAUUGUAACAAAGGAUUAUCUGAUUUGAUCCAGUUAAGGCCAGGUGCAUAAAUUAGUCACAGUCUCAAGUUAUUUUAUUUAGCCCUUGUCUUAGCUACAAUUUGUGACUCCUCCUAAAGAAUUUUAUAAGAAAUUGCUCCUGUAUUUAAGGUAGGCUGUCCAGAUUCUUGUCCCCAGAAGCCCUGGGAUUGCCUUUUCUUUGUCAAUUUAGUAGCUCAUUGGCAGACAUGUAGUGGUGCUGUGAAAGCCCUCAGUAACUUCAGAAGUUGAGUUCACAAGUUAUGUGAUUGCAGAGACAAUCCUGCUGCCACUUGGUGAUGCUACAACAUAAUGAAGCGAAUAUAUGACCAUACCUGUCCCAGUUCUUAUGAGAAAGCCUGCUAUCUGCUUUACUUUUUACUGAAUUGGGGGGGGGGUAAAGAAAAAGAACUCAGCUGCCUAUAUCCCUCUGCAGUUCUCCCCCAGACUGAUGCUACAGGAAGGUAUAUAUUUCAGUUGACAAUUUGCAAAUGAGUGCCUUGUCAGUUGAAAGCAUGCCAGAGGAAGACAUGAUGAUUCGCUUAUUUUUCUCUCAUGAAAUUCAUCCUGCCCCAGAGAUGUGGUGUUUGUGCUGGUCCUCAAGCCAACUUAUACUUUUAGGAUGUGUGAGGUGCCUUUUGAAAGGAAUUAUUUCAAUAUUAGUGUAUUGCCUCACAUCAAUUAUGCAGCCCUAUAGAAGUUCAAUACUUGGAGUCUUCUCUCUUUUCUUGGACUUUGGCAAGAAUUUUUCAUUCUGGUGUAAAAAGUGUUUGCUGGCAAGCUGGGGGCAUGAUAGGGUAAAACUUCGUCUUUGACUUUGGCUCAACUUUGACUUUUUCACAGCCAACAGGAAGAAUCUUUAAUGCUUUCAGAUAGAGGUAGAACUCAUAAGCCACAAAAAUAGAGGCCCAAAAGAGAGAUGGUAUGGCAUGCAUAGCCAGAACCCUUUCUCCAAAAUCUAUUUCUCACCACAUUCCAAAUCAGACACAUAGACUUCUAGCAAUCAGAUCAUACAACUUCUUACUGCUGAAAGUUUUUAAUGACACUUAUUAGUUUUACAUUUCCUUUGGCUUUUUAACCACCAUAGAGAUGGUAGAAAGUUUGUGAUAAACUGAUUUUUCAAGAGAACCUCUAUUUUGUGCUCUAAUUGUUAACAUGGAGAUUCAUUCAUGGGUGCCUGUUAAGGAUAAAACUUAGGUACUUUCAAGUUAUUCCCAUUUCUCAAUAGAGAUCUGAAGAAAAUUUUUACUAGUAGAAAAUCACUCUGCUGGAUAUGAGCUGUCCUGCUUAUGGUGGUAGAUGUUUCAGUUUAACAGGUUAUUCUGCAAAGUGCUUGGGCUUCAAAAUCAGAUACGCAUUGGCAUGAACAUCUGAGUCAUGUCCUUUUGUAGGAUGGAAGUUUUAGAUAGAAACUACCCCUUCUGGCAUUAGAAUUACAGUUGUCUCUUUAAAAAAAAAAAGUACUUUUGUCCUCACAAGGCUGUGUCGAGUUUUUCACUUAGAGAAACAGAGGUUAAAUUACAUAGAUGAGAAAUGAGCAUGUUGUUAGUGAAAGCUGAUAACUUUCUCAUCUAAGAAAUUUGCGUUGAUGACCUGGGCCUCCUCCCCACAUCCUUAUUAUUAUGGAACUCACAUUACUAUAUAGAAAAGAAAUGCCACUGUGGUCUGUCUACAGUGCUGUAUUCCUGCUUUCCUGCACAUAUGUGCUCAGGGCUGUGUCCAGGGGUGCCCCAACCAUCAAUGAGAGGCAUGAGGAACUGGAGAAAGUCAAAAUGAAUAUGAGGUGGACUUGUACCUCGGUAACAAGUCAGACUUUAGGACACCAGAUUUCAUUAGAUAUCAUUUUCUUCUCUCACUGAGGUUUUAUGACAUCUGUGCUGGGCUCUUUUCCCCUCCUUCUUAAAUCACCAUUCCCCUUCCUCCUCCUCUCUGUUUCCUGGGUUUCUUCUUUUUUUGAUCAGUAGAAUACUUUUUUUUUUCUUUGAGCACAAGUAAUUUUUUGAUCCCUGGUUUGGUGAAUAUGUGAGCACUACUCUGUGAAUAAAUGAAUGAGCGAUCUGCUGAACAAUUAAUUGUAGAAUUAUGUUGUAUGUAAUGUACAUAUGGAGAAAGAAUGUAUUUUGUUCAUUUUUUCUUAAUAAAAAGUUGUAUAUGGGAAA